AUGGCACAGUUACCUCCUAAAAUACCAACCAUACCCCAAAAUUGGCCAUCUUUUCCUUACCAAAGGGUAUCCACAAUGUCAAACUUCAACCCCACUAUCACAACCGCCACGACAACCGCCACCACAACUGUCACCAAUGCUACCACUCCUCACCAUUAUCAACAUCAACCACCUUCAUCACCGCCGCCACAACAACAACAACAACAACAACAAUUGCCAUCAUGGGUCGACGAGUUCCUCGACUUCUCAUCGGCACGGCGAGGAUCUCACCGGCGUUCCGCCAGCGACUCCAUCACCUUCAUCGAAACGCCAUUCCUAGAAGAAUGCCGAAGCGGGUUCGAUAGGUUGGACGAUGACCAGCUGAUUUCAAUGUUCUCCGACGACAUUGCCACCGUUUCUCUGCCGCCUCCGCCGCCGUCGUCCACCUCCAACCCUUCCUCGCCGUCCUCCGACCAGAAUAGCAAUAACGAUGAGAAGCCAAUGGCAAUGGCGUUGGACGUUCAUCAUCAUCAGCUGAAGCCCAAGAACGAAGUUGUUGAAGAUGAAAGCUCAUGCAAGAAUGAGACGGCGGCGCCGCCACCCUCCGCCGCCACCAGCUGCACUGAAACCAUUUUCGAUCCCAAGAGGGUCAAAAGAAUUUUGGCUAACCGGCAAUCAGCUCAGAGGUCAAGGGUGAGAAAGCUACAAUACAUUUCUGAGCUUGAAAGGAGCGUAACAACUUUGCAGACGGAGGUUUCCGCAUUGUCCCCACGAGUUGCGUUCUUGGACCAUCAACGUUUGAUUCUCAAUGUCGACAAUAGUGCCUUGAAGCAACGGAUUGCUGCUUUGGCACAAGACAAGAUUUUCAAAGACGCUCAUCAAGAAGCAUUAAAGAAGGAAAUAGAAAGACUGAGACAAAUCUAUCACCAACAGAAUCUACACAAGAUGAAUAACUCAGUCAACAACAAUGGUCUUUCUCUUCAAUCCCCACCAACAUCACAGCCACAACCAUCACUGCAUCCACACCCUCUACAUCAGCAUCUAACAGUUUCUCAACCCUUGGGAAUGGGAUGCAAGGAGAAGGAGCAGCUCCUUAGUUGAGGGGAAGAGAGACAAGGAAUAAUGCAGUGGAUGUAUGUCCUUUUGUGCUAACUAGAACUUUCACGUGAUGUGUUUCCCAGCAAUAUGUGGGGCUCCUAACAUGGUUAUAAGGUUGGAGGGUAGAAGUUGGCAAGUGGAUUACUUGAUUAGGUUGAAGAAUUUUUGUGUUCAAGGUAAUUACUUGGUGUUGGAUUGGAAUUUUAAGAUUUAAUUUCUGUUGUUAUUUUUAAAAGAAAAUCAUCUCAACGAUUUUUUUUCCCUUUUCCGGGUGGAAUAAGGGACAAAGCUUCAUGGGUUUGUAUUGGGAAAUGCAUGGAAGCUAU